UGAGCCGGCUGGGGACCGGAUGUGAGGUUCAGUGUCCCCCAACGUGCCGCUAGUGGGCUGUCCAGGUCACCCUCUCCCACGGUGCCCGCCGACACCGGGGUGUCUGUCUCUCUGCGGGUAGGAGGGCGCCAUGGGGGCGCCGCCACCCGCACCCCGCAGCCGCCUUUGCGGAGCUUGGGGUCCUUUCCCCCGAGUGUUUGCUGCCGGUGCUGUGGCUGCGGAUUGCCCAGGCUUUGUGGAGGAUCGGGAGCAGCGUUCAGGUGUCUCAGAACCCGGUUCCCCGGAAUCCGGAUGGGACCGCCUCCGUCAGCUGUUUGCCAAAGAUGAACAUCAGAGAUUCUCAAAGGAGAUUGACUAUAUCUGCAGGGCAGCAGUUUCAGCCGGCAUCAUUGGCUGGGCAUAUGGAGGCAUACCUGCCUUUAUUUAUGCUAAAAAGCGCUACAUUGAACAGAGCCAAGCAGAGAUUUAUCAUAACCGAUUUGAUGCUGUGCAAAGUGCACACCGUGCUGCCACAAGGGGCUUCAUCCGGUAUGGCUGGCGCUGGAGUUGGAGAACUGCAGUUUUUGUGACCAUAUUUAACACAGUGAACACUGGAUUAACUGUGUAUCGAAAUAAAGACGCCUUGAGCCAUUUUGCCAUUGCAGGAGCUGUCACAGGAGGUCUUUUCAGAAUAAACUUAGGUGUUCGAGGCCUGGUGGCCGGUAGUAUAAUUGGAGCGUUGUUGGGCGCGCCCAUGGGAAGCUUGCUGAUAGCCCUGGAGAAGUACUCUGGUGAGACGGUUCAGGAGAGAAGGCAGAAAGACAGGAAGGCCUUGCAUGAGCAGAGGCUGGAAGAGUGGAGAAGCAGUCUGCAAGUCACUGAGCUCCUCCCGAUGGAGAUUGAAAGUGGCUUGGAGAAGAUUCAACCUGAGGAAAAUGCUCAGAGGAUUGAGGAGCUGCUAAGCCUCCCUAGGAACCCUUCAUCGCCAGAUAAACAAAGCAAGGACUGAGGACCAGGGGGCUGUGUCUGGGAACGCCAGUGCCAGGCUACUCCUUGCCGGCCCGCUGACAGAUGUGAGGGCUGGAAGCUGUGGUAGCGGUUUCUUGUCUCUGAUCUUUUUCUUUCUUUCUUUUUUUUUUUUUUUUUUUUUUUUUUUUUUUGAGACAGGGUUUCUUUGUGAAGCCCUGGCUGUUCUGGAACUCACUCUGUAGACCAGGCUGGCCUUGAACUCAGAAAUCCGCCUGCCUCUGCCCCCUGAGUGCUGGGAUUAAAGGCAUGCACCACCACGUGGCUUCCGAUCUUUUUAUUACAUCCAGAAUUAGGCACCUAGUACUCAGCAGGGUGCCACUGACCUGUAAUUCCAGAUGCUUGGGAGGCUGAGGAAGGAAGAUAGUGUGAUGCUAGCCUGAUCUAUUUAAUGAGAACCUGUUUAAAAAAUGUGCACCCACAAAAAGACAAACAACAGAACCAAAAAGCAACCCAAAUAUUCUUAUUUAUUCCGAUCAUUGAUCCAUCUAAAUAUUUCAUAUUUCUCUAUCAUGCUAGAUUUUGUACAAGUAAAAUUCUUCCCAAAAGAUUAAAA